AUGAACCUUAUCGGCCAUGUCCUUCUCUUCGCCACUGGAGCACUGGCUCAGUUCCCCAAUAUUACUCCAAACUUGACUGUCGUUCCUUCUCCAAUCGACCCAAAUAUCACAAUCAGCUACAAAGUUCCUGAUGGCGCCUGUACCACCGCAUUCGACGCCCAGGAGCAAUACACAGGGUGGGUGAACGUCCCAGGCGACUACCCGACGAACCUGUUCUUCUGGUUCGUCGGCGCGCGCGAGCCCUCGUCAAUCCUGACGAUAUGGCUGAACGGCGGCCCUGGCUCAUCUUCCAUGUUCGGCUUCUUUAACGAGAACGGCCCAUGCGAGGUGGUGGACGCUGGGUCGAACGACCAGUACAGAACCAUAGCCAGAGAAUGGGGCUGGGACAGGGCGUCAAACAUGCUGUUCAUCGACCAGCCAAACCAGGUCGGGUUCUCUUUCGAUACCCCGUCCAAUGGCUCGCUGGACCUGCUUACGAACAAGGUCUACGUGCCUCCCGAAACCCGCCCAAACUCAAGACCAGGGAAUCUCUUCCUCAACGGUACCUUCAGUUCCAUGAGUGCCAACCAUACGGCGAACACGACAGAGACUGCUGCUUUGGCAGUUUACCAUAUGCUACAAGGGUUUUUGGGCACCUUUCCGCAGUUCAAUCCACCCAACCGUACGUCACUGGGGGUGAACCUGUUUGCCGAGAGCUAUGGCGGAAAGUACGGGCCGGUCUUUGCUUCCAAGUGGGAAGAGAUGAACGAUGCGAGGGUCAAUGGUACCAAGUCAAACACUUCGACGGUGGAUAUCCACUUGACAUCCCUUGGCAUCAUCAAUGGCUGCAUCGAUGACCUAAUCCAGGCGCCCUACUAUCCUAUAAUGGCGACCAAGAACACAUAUGGGCUGGUCGCAAUCAACUCCAUCCGCGCUCAGGCUGCGAAUGCGAGUUUCUACGUUAAUGGAGGAUGCCAGGAUCUAAUUCGACAAUGUCGAGCAGCUGUUGAAACCGACGAUGCAAACAAUAGCGGCAAAGUGGCGUCUGUCAACGAUAUUUGCUCACAAGCGUACGAGUUCUGCACGGAGAACGUCAUGCUGCCAUACGCGGAUGCCGGCCGCAGUGUCUAUGAUAUUUCGGCACUGCUUCCCGACUCAUUUCCGCCGUCGCGGUAUCUGGGUUAUCUCAACAGCGCCGGUUUCCAAUCUGCCAUCGGCGCGAGUACAAACUACACCGAGACCAGCACGGGGGUAAUCUCUGCCUUCGCGGCGACAGGGGAUUACGAACGCGAGUCUCUCGUACCUAAGCUCUCUUCGCUCCUGCGCGCUGGUGUGCGCGUCGGUCUGAUCUACGGAGAUAGGGACUACAUCUGCAACUGGCGCGGCGGAGAAGCCGUCUCGCUCUCUCUAGCAAGCAUGGCCUCGUCUCCGGUGUCUCCGCCGAAGUCCAGUUCAGACGCAGGAUACUCUUCCUUUCCUGAUACCGGCUACGCCCCGAUCAUUGUCAACGAUUCCUACAUCGGCGGGGUGGUCCGCCAAGUAGGCAACCUCUCGUUCUCGCGAAUCUACCAGGCCGGCCACUCUGUGCCCGCAUACCAGCCCGAGACCGCAUUCCAAGUCUUUGCCCGGAUCAUCAUGGGGACGUCCGUGUCUGACGGGAAGCCAAUUGACCUGUCGGCGUACAACACCACUGGCGCGGCGAAUGCGACGAGCACGUUCGCCCUGCCGGCGAGCCCAACGGGUACGUGCUGGGUGAGAAACAUACCGGGAAGCUGUAGCGACGAGCAGGAAAAGGAACUUCUCGACCCAGACGGGGACGGGAGAGGGGUCGUCAUCGUCAAUGGCGCACUCGUCACGAAAAGCGGCACCAGCAUCCCCAGCGCCACCACCGUAGUUAGCACAGCGACCACUACCGAAGUCCUCACGGGUCUCUUUACGGCCACUGCCACCCCUAGUAGCUUGGCACGAGGGUUCGAAGUUGAUGCUCGGGCACCACUGACUUUGAGGCUACUAGGCUGGCUGUGUGUUUCUUGGAUCAUAUUUUGA